AUGCAGUUAAAGUCAUUUGUCGCCACUGCCAUCUUUGCGCAAGGCAUUCACGCCGCCGCCGUGCUGCGGUUUGGAUGCUCGGAAGUUGUGGUUGAGCGUCUUGACCCUCUCGUCAACCCAGGAGUCAAUCCCUCUCCCCAUGUUCACCAGGUUACUGGAGGAAAUGCCUUCGCUUCAUCCGUUGCUCUGUCCGACGUCUCUCAAAUUGCAAACUGCACUACCUGUAGCUUCAGCGAAGAUUUAUCUAACUACUGGACUGCGAAUCUAUAUUUCAAAGCCCGUAAUGGAAGUUAUAAGCGUGUCCCUCAGAUCCCUAAUCGGUUCCUCGACGGCGAAGUCGGCGGUAUGACCGUGUACUACACAUCGGCAUACGACAACUCGAAGGUCACCGCUUUCAAGCCGGGCUUCCGUAUGCUUGCUGGGGACGUCAAUCAGAGGGCCCCCGGAGGCAUUACAAAAUGGAAUGCGAUCUGCUUCCGGUGCUACAACGCCCCGAACUUUGGAGGAGAUAAUCAGGCCCCUUGCGCAGACAAAACUGUUGACUCUGUCACCUUGCCCGCGAAGGCUUGCCCUGGCGGCAUCCGUACAACCAUUAGGUUUCCCACUUGCUGGGAUGGCAAGAAUCUCGACAGCCCAGAUCAUAAGACCCACGUCUCCUAUCCGGCAUCGGGAACCUUUGAGACUAGCGGUCCCUGUCCAUCCACUCAUCCGGUCAAGCUUCCGCAACUGAUGUUUGAGAUUAUUUGGGACACGACUGCCUUUAACGACAAGUCAACAUGGCCUGCAGAUGGUUCGCAGCCAUUUGUUCUGAGCAUGGGUGAUAGCACUGGCUACGGUCAGCAUGGUGAUUAUAUCUUCGGCUGGAAGGGUGAUGCCCUCCAGAAGGCCAUGGACUCAAGUUGUUUCGGGGCCACUUGUAACCAGCUCAAGUCCCAGUCCUUCGCUGAUGCCAACAAAUGUGCUGUUCCAGACACGGUCCAGGAGAAAAUCAAUGGCUGGAUCACGGAGCUCCCUGGCAUGUAA